UCUUAAGAGAAUUAAGUAUACACAAAAGCUUAAGCCAAGUGUGUACAAGAUAUAUCAACAGUGAGGCUCAUUGUUGACACGAUUAGCCUUGUUCAUGAUGACAAGUAGCAGCUCAAACUCACUAAGGGCCACGUUUCAUAUACUUGUAUUUAGUACAUCACUACACAUUUGUUUUACUAUAUAAAUAGCUGAAUACAAUUCUGUUUUUAUACACAAAACACACACUCAAAUUCACAUUGUCAUUUCUCUGUUGAAACCUGAGUGUGUAACCAAAACAAACACAACACAAAACAAACCACAUUACCAAAAACAAUGAUGAAAUCAGGUAUGGGAAUUGAAGAGAGAAAACAGCUUAAAAAACCAGCACAAGCAAGUUCAAGAAAAGGGUGUAUGAGAGGUAAAGGUGGACCUGAAAAUGCAAGCUGCACCUACAAAGGUGUGAGGCAGAGAACAUGGGGCAAAUGGGUUGCUGAAAUUCGUGAACCAAACCGUGGUGCACGUCUUUGGCUUGGUACUUUUGAAACUUCUCAUGAAGCUGCUUUAGCUUAUGAUACUGCAGCUCGUAAACUUUAUGGUGCUGAAGCAAAACUCAACCUUCCAGAACUUUCUACACCUUAUGUUCAUUCCCCUAAAAAAAAAUCAUCAUCCUCUGCGACAAUAACACAAACACCUCAUAUGCAACAACCACAAAUAAUUAACCACAAGCCCAUUAAAACCAACUUCAAUUUUACAUCACUCAAUUCUUGCAACAACACCAACAACAACAUUCACAAUCACAAUGCCAACAACAACUCUGUUUUUGUGUCUCUGCCAUCUCAACAAAUUGGUGAUAUUGCACCACCAAUAUAUGACAGUAUUCCAAUUAUGUCACUUCCAAUGGAAGAACAAAUUGAACAAAUCAGCCUUCAGGGCGACGACUUGUCUUUUCAAUAUGAUAAUUCAAAUGGUACGGUGGAAAGUAAUAAUGAUUUGUGUUUUCAAUAUGAUUAUUCAGAGGGUAUGAUGGAAAGUAAUAAUCAGAAUGAUUCAUUUUUUGGAACAUUGAAUUAUGAAACCAUGCCAGUGGUUGAUGAUGAUUCAAUUUGGAAAGAAGCUGCUAUGUCUUUAGAUUCUGCUCUUUCAAUGGAUUUUCAAAUCAUAGCUGAUGCUGAUGGAAUUUAUAAUUCAGGUGCAAAUUUUGGUGAAGUUGGUGCUUUGGAUUCUCUACAAACUCCAUGGUGCAUGUAAAAUACAACUUACUAAUAUAUUAUCAUAAUGAAAUAAUAAUAAUAGUAAUAUAAUAAUGUAUACUAUAUGAAUAAUACUUAUGUAUACUAAAAAGUCAAAAUAAGAGACAGGAAUCAAGAUUCUCUUAAGGAGAAAGACGACGUAGUAGCACGAAGUAUUGAAUAUCAACUGUUGAUUGAAGAUCGGAAGUCCAAAUUACAAAUGAAGAAAACACCCUUAACAAUAUUGGAUGUCCGAUUAUGAUCGGACGGGGUGACUGCAGCGAAUCGG